AGUGUUUACAUGAGGUUCACACAUUAUACACGGAAAGAAUAUUUAUUUCAGCCUGAAAAGUGCUCUAAAUAAUUAAAAAUUUUCCAUCGCGGAGACACGUACGCCCCCUGUAAAAUCGGUAAAAUCUUCAUAGUUUAUAUAAUGCCAAAACUGUCUCACCUAGCAGUUAAAAUUAAUGUUUUUUUCUCUUUAGACUUCAGAAAUUUGUAUCCAAUAAAAGUGACAAAACAUCAUCAUCGUUAGAAAUGAGAGCUUUAAUACAGCGAGUUGGAGGAGCUAAAGUUUCAGUGAAUGGAGAAGUAGUAUCUUCAAUUGGCAAGGGGUUGUGUGUUUUAAUAGGGAUAAAUAGAGACGAUGGACCAAAAGAUUUGGAAUACAUAGUACGGAAAAUAUUAAAUGUCCGGCUCUUCGAUGACGAAUCUGGCGUCCGAUGGAAAUGUAGCGCGAAGGAAAAACAAUUGGAAAUUCUUUGCGUUAGCCAGUUCACACUUUAUCAUGAGCUAAAAGGAAACAAGCCCGAUUUUCACAACUCCAUGGGCCCUGACGCAGCGAAAACCUUCUACUCGACAUUUUUAGACGAACUCAAGAAGCAGUACAAUCCAGCCCUGAUUAAAGAUGGAAAGUUUGGCGAGUACAUGAAGGUUGAGAUCGAUAAUGACGGGCCUGUCACGAUCAUGCUCGAGUCCCUGAAUAGCAAAGGUAAAGGUGGUAACGAUAAAAACGACACUACGUGAGUGAAUAAAAGUGCGAAUUUAUUU